AAUGAAACGAUGCGCGUUCACGUCGGAUGCAGUCGAUUUUCGGCACAACACCUGAUGUGCUGCUGCGUCUCCUCCUCGGUCUCCUCCUCGGUCUCCUCCUUCCUCUCCUUCACGCUGCUGCUCUCGUGUCACCGUGGAAACAUGGAGCUCGCCUCUCUGUGAACCAGUGAACUGACGAAGGAUCUCACGAUGAUGUCCACUUACUACCACCCAGUGAAGGACGCGGACAUGUCGGCCAUGACGGAGCCGCUGUGUCUCGAGAGAGACGUGUGCAGAGUGAUCGAGCUCCUGGACCGGCUGCAGCGCAGCGGUGAGCUGCCUCCACCCAAACUUCAGGCCUUGCAGAGAGUCCUGCAGAGUAAAUUCUGUGCUGCCAUCAGAGAGGUGUAUGAGCAGCUUUAUGACACUCUAGACAUCGUUGGAGGACCAGAGGUGCGAGCACAGGCAACAGCCAAGGCCACAGUGGCAGCAUUUGCAGCGAGUGAGGGCCACGCACACCCAAGGGUGGUGGAACUCCCCAAGACAGAAGAGGGUCUGGGCUUUAACAUCAUGGGUGGCAAGGAGCAGAACUCCCCCAUCUAUAUCUCCAGAGUGAUCCCUGGUGGUGUGGCUGACCGCCAAGGAGGGCUGAAGAGAGGAGACCAGCUGCUGUCUGUCAAUGGUGUGAGCGUUGAGGGGGAGCACCAUGAGAAGGCGGUGGAGCUGCUGAAAGCUGCCCAGGGUUCAGUCAAACUGGUGGUCCGGUACACUCCGAAGGUCCUGGAGGAAAUGGAAGCUCGCUUCGAGAAGAUGAGAAGCGCCCGCAGACGACAGCAGCACGCCAGCUACUCAUCACUGGAGUCCCGGGGUUAGUUGAUCCCUUCAUCCAACUCAUAGUACAACCCUCCUGCCUCUUGUGUUCCAGUAGGAGGAGAAGCAGGAACCAGAAGAGCCGACUGUCACCUGAACUGUGCACUUUAUUUUAUUUCAUCUUAUUGCCUCAAAACCUCAUGAUAUCCUCCACACACACACGGCCCAUUGAAACUCUACACCAGUGUUAGUUAAUACAAAGAUAGCAGCUGAGAAAAUCCUGAGCUCUCAAAAUAAAAUCAUUAUCAUGGACGUUAAAACACACAGGUGUAAACAAACUGAGCAGAUUAAUUUCUCAUCAUCAUUCUCGUCCUCUUCCUCACACAUACAGAGAUUAAGAUGGAGCGAGAGUUAAGGUGACUCAUACACUCACAUCCUCUGGUAUCUACAGUAGAAGAGUGUUUCUCAUUUUCCUCCAUGUACCACCAGAGGAAGCUCACGCACCAUAGUUUGAGAACCAUGGCUCUAUGCGAGACACAGACAGAAGGAGUCUUGGUCACAGGGCAGCCGAACGUUGUGGGGGCAGUUCAGAGUCUAUACAGACAUGACUCACUGCUGCCCUGUGGGAGGCAGCAGGUUUAAUUUGUCAAAAGUUACGGCAGACACACAGGAAUAUUCAAUCUCUUUAUUCUAAUAUAUAUAUAUAUAUAUAUUAUAUAAUAUAUCUAAUUAUAUACGUAUAUAUAUAUAUAUAUAUUAUAUAAUAUAUCUAAUUAUAUAUAUAUAUAUAUAUAUAUAUAUAUAUAUAUAUAAUAUUCCCCACAUUAUAUUCCACUGCUGUGAAACGUGCUUAUGUUUCCGUUUCAGAUCAAGCACAAUAAAAUAACCUCUCAGUGGUCGCCGUGUUAAUGCCUGCAGCUUGGUGCUCAGCACUGCCCUCUAGAGAACGUGUUGUGCAACAUGUGUAGGAGAGUGACGGACGUAUAAAUGAUGAGUAUAGAUUCAGCAGUUACAGGAAUGAGACGGGGCUGGAGGAGGAGGAGCAAUGUUAUUUAUGUGUGUUCUUGUAUCACGAGAAAACAUCUCCUACUAUGACUGGACAGAAUCACAUCAACAUCUGUCAUUGGUGGCUUCACUAGAGUUAGAGUUAGAGUUAGAGUUAGAGUUAGUGUAGUCAGUGUUCAUCUGAUUCCUCUGCUUAUCUGCAUCUGUCCAUCACUAAGUGAACCAUUCAUUAGCAUUAAAGGUCCAGUGUGUAUGAAUACUACGGGGGCCUUCACAUGCCAGAAAGGAUGUAAACACUCUGUGCUCCUCCUCUUCCUCCUCUUCCUCCUCCUAAGCCUUUUCUAAAGUCCAUGUAAAUGAUGUAGACGCUGCUGUGUUCCACUUGUUUCCUCUGUCAGGAACCAGGAUGAGUUUGACAGUAAAUCAGUCAAACACAUAAUAAAAUAACGUGUCUCCCACCCUCGACUUCUCUGUGAACGCUGUGAACCCGGAGGAGAUGUCACUCUGAGUUUGAAAGCAGCAGCAGCAGCAGCAGCAGCAUUAUUCUAUUUUAAAAUGACAUUUAUACAAUAAACCCUCCUAAAUGUUACACACUGGACCUUUAAGAACUACAGUGAAGUUGUAGUUGGUGAGUCUGGUGUUAGACACAGUGUCAUUUAUUUCUAUGUCCUAUAUUUAUUUAGUUGCAUAAUCACUUGUGUAAAAGAUUGACUGCAUAUAGAGCACCGUCUAAACUCCCAUUGUCAUGUAGCUGAAGUUUGCAUUUAUGAGGAAUUAAAGAGACAUUUGUGACCAA